AUGACGAGAUUGGCCUCGGAGGAGCGGAAAAAAGAGGAGGAGGGAAGAGAAAUUGAGAAAAAAGGUGUACACGGCGUAGUACUCACGGAGUGGGCAGCGCGAAACGAACAAGUGUUGGGUUCGGCCUCGAGGAGCACUUCUUAGAUAAAUGUCUUCAAUUCUGCGAGCUAAUUAAAGCAAUUGGAUUUUUGAGCAAGCGAUUUGAAAGGGCUAAUCACUGAGAUUUGAUGUGAGAUUUUGGUAAAGAUAUUUUAAAUACCUUGAAAAGGGUCAAUAAAUAUGACAAAUAAUAAUUCCAGCAACUGAGUUUUUCAAUUAAAAAUGAAUUGAAACCUGGAAAGGAAAACAGCUCACGACUAAUAUAAAUGGUAGUGAAUGAACUUGAUCCGAAUCCUGAAGUAACAGAAAAAAAAAAACGAAGCCAUUUGAAAACGGUUAGGAUCCAUAUUUUCGAGUGAUACAGCCCAUUCGGCGCAACCUUAUCCCAUUUUUUGUGCAAAAAAGACCGUAUGUUAAAUUUGACCAAACUUCGCCCCGAAAGCAUUGUUUCUUUCAGUUUUUGAGAGAGAAAAAAAAAUAAUGAAAAAAGCUGUAUUUAAUAUCUUUUUUCUUUUGUGCUUUGAAACGCGACCGUCUGCCGCGGAACACACUAUACAAAAACAAAAGUAAGAAAGAAGAAGCGAGAGAGCAAGAUCUUCGGAAGGUUGGCACAGGCGGAGAGAGUGGGCAGUUUUGGGGGUCACGAGAAAAAGAACACCGGAGCGGCUCCUCCGGCUUGCGCGUGUGGCGCCUGUGUGUGUGGGCUGUCAGCCAACCGUUCAGGACCGUAUGUUUAUACAAAUAAACUCCAUUCCAUUACCACCGCGUUCCUCCUAUGCACACAUACUUUCUGCGCUACCAGGGCAAGCUGCUAUUCCGAAAAAGUUAUUUCUUCUGAAAGAGUUCAAAGUAAAAAAAAAAUUUUUUUCUAACAGACAUCGUUAAGAACUUUGAAAAUUUUUUAAUAAAUCAGAGUCGAUUUAGGAAAAGAUUAAAUUAAUUUUGACUUUCCCUUUUUUCUUUUGCUUGAAAAACCCUUUCUGGAAAUUAAAGUUUUCUAAAAAAAAAAUGACACAUGAUAACUUUGAUGUAUGAAAAAUGAUUUGAAACAAAUGGAAAACCCGUUUUCAUAUACUCUGAAAAAAAUUUCUGCAGUUCAAAACACAGUCUCAGUAAUUUUUCCUACCUCCUUGGUAAACAUUUUGAGAAGCUCAAAAAACGACAUCAGUUUGAAAAAAAAAACGAGAUAUGCAAUCAUUCUGAAAAGUCGCUCCGAACUUAAUCUUGAAGCGACCAAUGUAUGAACUUCAUGAUGUCUUCAUUGAUACAUUUCGAAAUUCUGUUUCAAUUAAAUUGGGGGGGGGAGGUCUGAAACUGACUCGUCGGUUUUUUUUAAAUUGCACAUACUUCAAAACUUUCGGCUUUUGAAAAAGAGACAAACAAACGUUAAAAUGUUGUAAAAUUCAAAAAUUUGCCACCCUUGUUAUUGCCUGAAUUAAAAAGAACGGACGUUCGAACUUCAACAGAAAAACUAAAAAGAAAAUUAAACUAUUCUCGCCUCGCGAAGUGAACGGUGAUAGUAAAAACCUCGCAAGACUAUUUUUCACUCUCAAUGUUAAAAAUCAAAAAAAGCUCAAAGAUUUGGCUCAUAAAAGGGUUUAAAGCUAUUCCGUUAACGCUAUCUCCUUUGUUAUGGAUAUAAUCAAGUUUGCGAGUUUUAUGAAGAAAAAUGUGCGCGCCAAUGCGAAAUGUUCAAAAAUAAUGAGUGAAAAUUACCGGCGCUUGUAAUUUACCUCGCGAGAAUAGUUUUAAUACGCAAAGCAAAAUACGAUUCUGCAAAAUGAACGUCCACUUUGAAAAAUAUCGGAUCUUGAAGCUCCUCAAAAGGUCUUUUGAUAAGGUAGGAGGAAUGGAUCUUCAGGGUCGAGCUUAGGGCGAUCAAAAAACUAACUAAAAAAUUUCCAAGGUAUUUCCACAACCCAAGUUGUCAUUUACAGUAAGAGUUCCAAGUUCAACUAGCUAUAGAAAAUGAUAUGCAUAACAAAUUGAUAAAAACCAACUAAGAAUUCUUUGUUAUUCGGAGGCAGGAGACGUGGGAAUUUCUAUCAAGGAGGAAAGUAGAAAUUAAUGAAAAAUGGCAAAGACGACCGGAAAAUGAGCUAAAUUUGGGAGGGAAUUCGUAAAACGUGAAAGAGGCUGGCAAAAACAAGGACCUGCUGCAAGAGUGGACGGCGGGACGUCACAAAGAAUCAAAGUACGUCGGCGGAAAAACGGACGGCGGAUGCAUUAACGCGGCAGGGGAUCGCCCAAACAUUUAUUCCAUGACCUACUUUCGUAAUUGAAUAUAUCCGAAGCCGAUUAAGAAACAAAACGGCUGUAGGUAAACGUGUCGCAAAACCUCGACUUUAUCUCCCGCUGAAAUUCGCACUUUCGAUUGACCUUUUUUUUAAGUGUUCGGCCUAUAUUUGUGAAAGGCUAAACUUAGAACUACUGCGCCGUUGAAAAAUUAUCGAUCAUUUUUAUUCAUAAAUUUUUAUUGGAAACCAUAUAAUAAUAAUAAUAUCUGUCGGACAAGAAUAGGGAUUUUUAUAAAUAUAAAAAAACUAAUAACUUGCGAACAAUUUAUAGGAUAUAUCAUAUAAACCAUCCAACUCAAAGCAAAACUUUGAUAGAAAAAAUCAAGAUUCAAAUAAAUUUACAGUAGACAAGCUUAGUCUUUCAGAUAUAUUUUUCAGUCACAAAAAAAAAACAAAAAUGAUCCCACAAGAACAGAUGCGUGCUAAGCUAAAAAAAAAAAGACCUCGUACAAUCUCAAAAAUGAAAAAAGAAAACAUCGAUCAUUGAAAGUUGGAUUAUCAAAUUUGAAGAAAAAAUUAUCGCUCGACUGUAAGUUGUAGAAAACGUAAAAACCUAAUUCGCAGAGCUGUUUUUCUGUAAAUUGUAUUCAUCAAAAGUUAGAUUUGAGAUUAAUCAACAAAAGAAUGGGCGAAAUGAAACCCCAAACUAAAAUAACCUCUCUCGUAAGCCUAAACGGCCCAGAAUGAGUCUGCGAUAACCAAGAAGGCGCUAACAAAGAUUAAGAGAUAAAUACCAUGCCGGCGGAAUAUUUCGCUCUCCUUAAAAUUCACUCCUUAGUGGGUUCAACCCUACAAACGGAUAAAAGAGGCCGAAUCGAUUAACUGGAAAGACGGAGGGAAAACGAAGGAGAAUACUGGAUGAUGAAUGAAUUGCGCACGCUAAUAUAUCGAUCGAGCUGUCGUAUUCAAAUGGCACCCGUCGCCUGAGUCCUCCGCAAGAGCCGCGCGUCUCGGACCACCCUUAUACUUGCCACUUUACCAAUCACCAUCCUCAGCCGCUUCUUCCCACGCCUCUUGCAGACACAAUGCCAGCAGCCUCCGAAAACCCAAUCAAAAUGUACAUCCGCAAAAUUCUAAUCAUGCAACAUCGAGCGCGAAAUCCAUCAAGAAAACUAUUAAUGCUUGAGAGAGCUCAAGAAAGGCCGUGAAGUUGUUGAGAUAUCAAACAGCUUCCGAUAUUUGAAGCAAUGAAGAAGGGUAGAAGAUCACAAAAACGGUCUUUCCAGCUUUUUUUUUUUUUGAAAAGACAAAGUGCCGUCAUAGAGGAAAAAAUAACUAAAUUCCGAUAACCUUUUGAUAGGUCAUUCGCCUGGAAAUUGACACGAGAGCUCCCUAUCGAGAAGUAGAAGCAGACAAGUAAACAUUAGCCGCUCUAAAAUUAAUUUGCAGACUCGCCGGACACUUCUUCUGGAAGUAACUGACGUGGACAGAUAAUGGCUAAAUAAAAUUUAAAACUUAGUUCUCUAUUUUCUUUUUCAAUCAAAACUGGAACGACUAGAAAAAGCUUGUGAUUAGUUCUGAAACGUACGGAAAUAAAUAUUACUUUUUGAAAUUUUUCCUCGGAAUCUGUGAUUCAUAUUGUUACACUAUUUUUGAAACUCUGAAAGUAAUGUAUCAAAGAUAAUGUAAAGAAACAGAAAAAGGAAGCUCUUCAAAGUAUUAAAAUAUGAAAUAAACAACAUAAUUUGCGGCCACUAUAGGCUUUCCUGAGAUUCUUUGAAUGAUUUAUCGACGUCAAAUAUGAGAGAAAAGAUAGCGGGAUUCACUUGAACGCAUUUAAAAAGAAAAUAUAAACGGACAAAAAAAAACAAAAAAGGUCAAAGCUUACAGUAUUCCUGAGGCAUCGCUGGCGCGCAUUUGCGAAACGUUUUUCAUUUCAGGCUUUUGCGAGGGCCGACCCGUCAGCCUCUCGGCCCCCGGGCCAUUUCUUAAGCGCGGCCCGGUCAUAGCGGGGCCUCGAGAAAAAAUGGCCGACGUGCCCCAAAAGGCGCAAUAUUUUUUCUAGUCGAAUAUCAAGUUUUUUGCGACAAAGUCACGUUUUUGCUUAUUUUUUCACUUACAGUUCAACAAAAACUAUGAUUUCAAAAAGUAUAAAGAAUUUUUUUCGGCGAGCAUGUUUUUCAAUGAAAUUUUUAAAUUUUUUUAUUCCAAGCCCUGCCUAGGCAGGCUUUUUUUCUCAAAAAAAUAAAGCUUCAAUAAACUUUUUAAAUUAUAAUUUAAGAUUAAAUUUAUUUGUUUUUAAAUUCGAUCAUGCAUACAGUUUUUUUAUUUUUUAUAAAUUCAAUCAUUGAGAGAGCAGGUAUCAAAGUUAUGAUGAGAGAUCUGGGGGUCUUUAAAAGAUGUUUUGAAAAAAUCGUGAUUUUCAGAUAUUUGAUACUUUGAAGUUUUUUGCAUGGACCUUUGUAAAUCUUUCUCGAUUAUCUAAUUUUUGUCGAAAUGAUAAGUUUUUCAUCGAAAAAAAGGGAGACCGAAACUUUGUUGAAAAUUUGCUGAUCGCGAUCAUUCAAUACCGUUCUAUUCAUCGCCGGAAGCUGUCCGUAAUUUUCAUCUGUUUUAGAUUUCACGAAUCCCGCCUUCAUAAACAUUUAGUACAAGGCCCUCUGUAUGGAACAUCUGCAGGAUCGCACGGAGGUUUUUCGUUUCUAUAAACUCUCGGUUCAUUAUAAUCGAGGUUUUCAACAGCCAUGCGCUACUCGUUUUAUGUUGGUCUGACUUCUGUGCUCUUUUUUGUAAAUGUAUUGUGGAUUUACAAUAGCGCUCAAUACGGAGGUCAUAAUGGGACAUCAAGCGUAAGCUGUCCUUUGAAGCAAAUUUAGAAGAACGGCUGAAUUUCAGAAUGUCCCGGAAGCUUCUUUGGUGAACGAAAAUAAGUUGUGUAAUGUAACGGACAGUUUGGCUUUGAGUGCUUUGCAGCGAGCAAAAACAACACUGUGCCGUUCUAAGGUUCGUUCAUUCUUUUUUUAUGCUAAAGUUCAGUUUCCAGAUUACGGAUUCUUCUUGUCAACUGGCUUCUGGAACGUUUCACGACCAAUUUCCACUAAGCACGUGCUCAAACUACGGUGAGAGCUCUGAUAUACUCGAAUGAUAAAAUAGAGCUAUUAAGAUGAUUUAUUGGAAGAUAUCCGUGUUGGUUGUUUUUCUGACCAGAAGGGUAACCGAACUCUGGACGAUUUCUCAUAUGAAUUCGCGACCUCUAAUUCUAAGAAAAAGUGCCGCCAGAGUUGUUACAAAGCAGGCUUCUUGUACUAUGGUAAAGCUUAAGUUGGAAAAAAAAAACACUUGACUUCUUCGUAGGGUUGGAAUUCGGCAAAGAAUGUUUCUGCGGUAAUUCCAUUGGUCAUGCCUCAGUUUUGGACGAUUCCGAGUGUCAAAAGUAUCCUUGUUCGGAUGGAUCCAGCUCUUGUGGUGGAUUCAACGCCGUCGAGAUAUUCCGCACUGGAAUCAAAGGUUCUUGAGUUCUUCCUAAUAUUUUGAAAUAUCCUUUUGAGAAAUCCUUUCCCCGUUGAAAGUGCUCUACGUGAAUGAGACAUUUGACGCUCCUCAAGUCAAGAUUCUUUUCGUUCUUCAGCUCAACGGUAGAAACGAUCGUCAGGUUCACUUAGAGGGAUUUUCUGUUUCUAGAUUUUUUUUUCAGGUAAAAAGAUUCCUUAAAUCGAUUUACUCUCCACAUCAUUACUAUUAUGUUCAUGUUGACAAACGGCAAAGCUACAUGUUUGAAGGUAUAGUUUUUCCGCCGCGACUUGACAAUUUUCGCGUGUCUGCGUCUCUCUGUUUCCUCACCGGCGAGGUCAGAGAAUAAUAGAAAUAUCACGUAAACAUGAGAGUGACGUCGAGAGAUAAGGAGGGCGCAGAAAAGUCCCGCCCUUUCGAGUCGCGAAAAACGGACUAUAAUUUCGAAGAAAAGAAACAUAUUCUCAAAAAUUUUUUUUCAGAAGUAGAGAAGAUAGCUUCGAAAUUGGGCAACAUGUUCAUUUCGAAGACGCGCUACAGCACUAUUUGGGGAGGUGCUUCUUUGUUGGAAAUGUUUCAAGGUUCGUUUUAUUCUAAUUUACUUGAGUUUGAAAACAGAAUUCAUUCAGACGUCAUCGCACAGGCAUUGGAAAAUAGGGAAACGGCCGACUGGGAUUACGUAAUCAAUUUUUCGGAGAGCGACUUUCCCACACUUCCCAUCAAAGAUUUCGAGCUUUUGCUCAGAAGGUAUUUUUUGAGAUAACCUUUUUCAAUGAUCGAAAAAGAUAUCAUAAAAAUCGUUCGAGUUUUUUUUUUCAAAGUUGGACUUGACGUUAACUUUUGCAAAAACUUUUUUUUUAACUAUACGAUUCCGUCAGAAAAGAUACGAAAAACGGUUUUCUGAUCACAAAUCUCUUGUAUGAAAUUCAAUCUUUCUGGAUCCUUUUCGAAAUUUGAUGAUUGUAAUUUUUAACAACAUAGUGAAAUUUCAGUUUGCAGAAAGAAAAAAACAAACAGCUCAGAAAGUUUAGAAAUAUUGAGUUCCAUACAAAAACGUUGUGAGAAAAAUUUUUUCCGCAAUUUUCCAGAAAGAAGAGCUUUUUGCAAGAAACAUACAGUUUGAAAAAAAAAUUUUUUUGAGGAAUAUGGGCUAUUCAUUUCUCGCCAGCCACGGCUACAACACCGGGAGAUUUAUCCAGAAGCAAGGCUUUGAGUAUGUUUUCAUGGAGUGCGAAGAGCGAAUGUGGAGGAUCGGAAACAGGCAAGAUAUAUACGUGACUAUCAUCCUAAGUGGUCUUUAUAGGGGAAAUUUCCCUGCGAAUCUCCAAAUCGACGGCGGUUCUGAUUGGGUAGUUUUACAUAGGGACUUGGCGGAAUUUUCAGUAAAAACUUACUUUUUGAAUUCCAUAUAUUUUUUGCGUUUAGGUGUCCAACGAAGAAUUGCCAAGAAAAUUGAGAAAUUUGUUCAAAUCCAUCAUUUUACCCCUCGAGAGCUUCUAUCACACGGUUUGCAAAAAUCUCUCCGUGAAUUAAUUUGAUAAAUUUCAAGCUUUCGUUAAAUUCUCAAUAUUGCGAUAAGGUGGUGGCGAGCAAUUUACGUCUUACGAAUUGGUAUCGCAAGCAAGGUUUUUUUUUUUCGAUUUUUUCGUUUUCUAGGUGAGAUUUUAAGGCUGUCGAUGUGCAGGACUGAAGAAAGUCGUGGAUUGGUGCGGUUGUUCGCCUCUUGUUUUCCGCGAGGAAACCAUUCCGAAGUUUUCUACUGAGGUAGAUUCACAAUCGGUGGAAGUCUAGUAGAAAGAAAGGUUCUCAGACACUUCAACGGCAAUUUUUUCUUUUUGUAUUAAGUUCAAUCAAACAAAUCAUUAUUUUGUUGUUUUGUCAUAGAUGUAAUCGACUAGGCGGUGAACAAGAACUUUUAAAGCUAUAACGAGCAACCGCCUUUGGCGAACUAGAAGUCCAAACUUGUGGUUGAUCAAGUUGAAAGCAUGGCCUUCGGUCCUGCGCCUCUUUAUUCGGCGCGUUUUUUAUCCAGUUGUGUCUUGACGAGCUUGGAAUAUAGUGGGGGUUGUAGCUGAAACCGGGAAACCGUGCUCCAGGUGGGAGCCUUGGAAGGAGAGCAACCACUUCGAAUCAAGGCUUUACACGGAAUGUUCUUAAUUAAAUCAAAUUCUUUCUGGUUUUCAAUCGGAUCUUCUGAAUUUCCUGCGUUUUGGCACAAUCUUUCUGUUUAAGAGAAAAAAAAACUUCGUCACAGUUAGAUAAAUUCAGAAAUUGUUGAUGCUCCGAAUCAAAUUACCUUACUUGUAAGUCUUGAAAAAAAUGUGAUAGAAAUUCAUCCUUCUUAAUUCUCUUUUGUUUUGAGUAUUUCCUGUUCAGAAAUCCAAAGCCAAACCGUUCUUCUUCGCUCGCAAAUUCGACAGCAUCGUGAAUGUAGACGCGAUCGCCGCCGUUGAGAAACUCUCCGUCGACCGAGAUUCCAUCGAUUUUGACCAUCCUUCGUACAAUUCAUCUUUUGUUAACGUCUACAAAAGGGAUAUCGAUGGAAACGGCGAGUAUCACCUUCCCGUUUUUUUUCUCAAAUAACUUUUCAGACACUAAUUUGGAAAGUUUUUCUUUUUCGAUUGCUGAAAUUUCGCCGAUCAACCUGCAUAAACCAGUCCUCGAACGAAUUGACGCUUUUCGAAGGAAUUCCACAGCUUCCGUUCAGCUCGUUGUUACUUUGAAGGUCAGUCUCAAACUUUUUAGAUUUUAGAAUCAGUUCAACUUUUUAAAAUUAUUUUAUCCUCCAGCCAUUCAACAAAGGCUUCUCCAUGAGUUUUUUUUUCCCCGUGUUUUUGAGUUCAAAGUUCCUGUUACAUCAUCGUAGUCAAGUAGUUUGAGGCAUGAAAAGUUCUUCCAAGAAAGAGCUUUCUUUUUAUUCUCUUUUUUAAAUAGUUAGCCAAGCGAAUUUUUUUUCUGUUCAUUUAUUGUAAAUCAAUUCUUAUAUGGCAAAUAACAUGGUUUUUUCUUUUUUCACCAUGGCGUCACGUGUUUUUCUCCAUAAAAUUAAUUUAGGCCGACUUCAAGAUCGUUCAGUUCCUUUUGUCACGAAAAAGGCAUGUUGAGCUCAUGGAACCGCUUCCAAUCGACGAUUUUUUUCUGAAAGACGUAGAAUACGGAACGAAGUACGACCUCAAGGAAGAAAUCUGUCGCUCUUUCCUCGGCCUCGUCACCAAUGUUUGGAGGGAAAAAUCAAUUUUUGUAGCAAGAGUUAUUCAGAGAACGUUGGCGCAGGUGCGACUCGUGUGGGAUCCGACGCAUCGACGGAUUCUGGCCAGCAAGAAUGGAAAGACGAGUCCCACAGUGGAAAUGCUCUGGCGCGACGCCAACGGCCGAACCGUCGCCAUUAGUGACAUGAAGCCCUACGAUUCUGCUUUCGGGGGACAGUUUGCCGAGCUCAAUAUCGACAGGUCUCCAAUGAAACAAUUUAAAAUUGAAAUUUCAGCCCUUACAAGGUCUAGAAUUUUGGAAGAUACUAAUUUGUGAAUUUCCGGAGAAGUUAAUCAUAGUAUUUAUUUUCAGCUUAUUUUUGAGGAUGUGUUUGAGAAAAACCAACUUUUUUUUUUUUUCAGCGCGAGAGCUUAUGUGAUUAGAUGAUAGUUUAUGAUGAUGUUCUCUCUGUUUUAUUCAUUUCCAGCAAGUCCUCAGCAUUAUACGAUCUUUUUUUCAGGGAAAAGAACCAAGAAAGAGUUUAUUUUCAACUGAGUGUUCUGGGAUAUUUUUCUCUCGGUUCAGUUUCUUGUUGACUUGAAAAACUUUUCAGCGUCAACACGUCGGCGCUUGGCGAGUGGUCUGUGGUGGUUCGCGGACGAUCUGAAAAAUCUCCGAUCGCCGUCAUGAAGUUCCCCGUUUUCCCCGAAGGGCGAAUCUCCGACUUAGAGCUCAUUCGCAAGUUCUACGAGCUGAACGACCACUGCGAAUCCAGUGAUUGCAAGAAACUCCCAUGGAGUACUAUGUAUCCAGAUCCAAAGUCUGACAUUGUUACCGGUUUCGAUCAUUCUUCUAAUGAGCUCAGAUGAUCCGAAUAUGUCUAAAUUCAUUUUUUUUUUUUCCAUUUUAUCAAUUUUAUGCAUGUUGUGCCGUUUUAUCAAGUUUUAGAUUGCAUCUUGUGAUAGAAUUUUGUUCACUUUGUUUAUUUAUUUUACUGGUUGCUCACAUUUAUCACUUCUACAUGCCUUUGAUGCCUUCGCAAUAUCACUUCUGAUUGCAUUAUUUCAUUGCGGGUUCUUUUACACCAUUGCAUAAUCUCAUGAGACGGUGACAUAAUAAAUGUAUUGCCUUUCUUCACAUUCUUUAUUACUUUUGCAAAGAGAUUCCGUUGAAUAUCGGAAUCAAAUAUUUUCAGAAGUGAAUACAUUUUUCUAACUCCAAUUUUUUAAAGAAAUGGAAAGGCUGAUGUUGAGGGCGUUGUUAACAAAAAUCAACUUGUUAGCACAAUAUUUUCAAGGCGGCGUUGUUCCUUCCGGAGCCGUCAUCCAGGAUUUAACGACGCUUGUUAAUUCUAUAGAUUCUCAAAUUUUAGGUAUCCAUUCACCUAAGGAAUCAGUGAUAAAACGUUGGUUAAGAAGUUUCGCUGCCAGAUGUCGAAGACUUUCUCUCCGCGUAUGCUCCCGCCAUGUAUGCCAACGUCUUUUUGACCAAAAACGUGCAUGGCAGUAUAUUCGGAAUAAGGUUCAUUCAAGGUUUCUUUUGUGAUUCAAAAACAAAAUGUAGAAGAGCUGGCGAGGUCAUUCCUCUGCACAAUCAUCCGAAUAUGCACGGUUUUUUGAGGAUUCUCCGAGGGAAGGUAAAGGUAAGAAUAAGAAAACAAAAAUUCGUUUACGUAGACUCAAGUUUUCUUUUUUCAUUUUCCGGGUUUUUAUUUACUCUAAGAAAAUGAUUUGAUAGAAAACUGCCGAAAACUAAGUCUUUCAGAAAAUAGUCCUGACAUAAUUUUCGCAAGUGAAGUUUUAUUUCAUGGCGGAAUGUUUUUGCCGAGUUGUAUUUUUGAAAAAUAAAUUAUGCUUUAUGAAUUAUGAGGUUUUCGAUUCCUUCGAUGAAAUUGAAACCCUAAUACCGUCGUGAAGAAAUAUAACUAAGAAGUUUAUAGAGAGAAAUAUAACCUUGCUUAUUUUCGAUUUCUUCAUUUACGAUCGACAAAGAAUCGGAGGAGAACCUCACCGUUAAGGCAAAAUAUGAAGGGGAAGUGGUCAUCGACGAGAAAGAUAGUUGUGUCUUCCUUGACCCAGUGAUAGGUGAGAACUAGCCGAACGACUUUGACGACGUCUUCUGAAGGUAACGUCCACGAGGUGACGGCCCUCAACGACGCGACCUUUUUCUUCGAUCUCCUCAUUCCCGGCUAUCGCGACCGCAACUGCACUUACUUCCGCAAGCCUCGAGAAAACUUUCUUCCUGGCUCUUUCUACACUUUGAAAAAGAUCAGCGCUCCUCCGAGCUUCUUCUGUGCCCCUCUUCGGUACGAUCCUGUGUCCGAUUAGUUUCCAGUUCUUUUUCCUGGAUACUCUCUUCUUGUCCCAAUCACUCUUGUUUUCACGAUUUAUGUGCUGUUUGGCUGUUCAUAUGUACAGACUUGAAAUAGACCGGUAGAUCUUUUUUAAAUUAGAACGAUUGUUCUAAAUUAAUCUCGGUUUUGUGUAUAUCAUAGUUUCCAGUAAUCAAUAUUAUAUGAACACCCUGAAUCGAUAAUCUCAUUGAAUAACCAAAAAAAUGGCUGCGACUAAUUUCUAAACGGGUUUUUUUCUAUGUUGAUAUAUUAUUUCUUCUUCAUACAAUGAAGAUUGUACUAGAAUUAUUUUUUGUUUUAAGUUCAAUUGUUUCAAUCCUCAAGAGUACCUUUGGCUAAUUCGUUACUUCGAUGUAUUUUUUGCUCCAGGUGUUUCUUUUUUGAAUGGAAUCGCUACAGAAACAAGGAUGGACACUUAAUGAGAAGCUGGUCGAAGAAAUAUUCGAUUCCCAAGUCCCCAAAGAGGCUUCAAUCUUGGAAAAAGCUUUGUGCGAUGUUAGCUUUCCGUUUCAAAUUCGUUAAAAAUGUAAGUUUUCAGGAAGAUCUUCGCGAUUUCGGGGAUCCUGCUCUCGCAAGAUUGUACAGGAAAGAGGAUGGUUAUUGUCAAGGACCGUUGAUCCUGCAAUUGGUCCGUUACAGGUAUGAAGAUGCUUGUAAAGGAUCUAUAAAAUAUGAAUGGAUAGUCAAGUUUGAACCUGAAAUAAUCUCAGAAAAAAGUUCCUGGGAAUAUUUUUCUAGCCGAUGAAACAAUUUUCCAGGAACGUGUGCCUCCCGAAGGUUCGCGAAGUUUUUGGAUCAGAACAAUCUGGCUCGAUAAUUCGUCUUUCCCUGACUGAUGGUCAUGCUUCUUUUGCCGCGAUUCUCAUGGAAAGUGUUAUUGGAAUCAGGUUUGUUCCUAAUCAAAAACUAUCAUUGAGGCUAAGAAAAAGAUUCCCGUGUGAAAUCAGUCAUUUAAAAGCAAAUAACUUUCUGAAGGUAAUCCAAGCUCAUUCUGAAAAAUUGUAGGCUCUCAAUGAGAAAGCAGAGAGUAGACUGUAUGAAGAAACUUUCAGUAGCGAAACUCCGCCCGGAACGAAACUGGUUCUGAACGGAAGAAUAUCGGUUGAAGGACAAUUUAUGUUAUUGGACAAAUCGAACACCCGCGUUUUGGGAGGCAAAGUUGAAAAGCUCAUCGAAAAGUGGGUUAUUGAGAAGGUUUCCGUUUGAAAUUUUUGGCGGUCUUUUCAAUUUGGUUCAGAACGCUUUUGCGGCUGGAGGCGAUAAAAAAAGCGCGUCUGGAGCUCCGAAAUGGAUUUCUUUCGGAAAAGUUUUCUCUUUUUCGAAUACCAACCAUAGCUAUUUUAUUCAGAAAGGAGCGUCUGCAAUAAGUAGCAAACAAACGGGAAAUUUCAGGGCUAACGACGCGAUGCAACCGAAAGACGCGAUUGAAGUGAAUUAUUUUACUUUUUCUCCUUACUUUUUCGACUUUUAGCCUAAGGAAGAAAAUGAAGAGUUUGCCAAAAAUCGUGAGCAAACCCUCCGGGAGCUGCAAGACAACGAUGAGAAACAGAAGAAGUUCGCAAAGCCCUCUGUAAGUUUUUCUGAAAGUGUCGAAAAUUUCGAAAAAGGUAUUCAGGUUCCUUUGCCGACCACAUCGGCAGCCGAAAACUCCAGAAAAAGUGCUGAAGAAAGAAAAAGCCAACCGAAGAAAGAAAAAGUCAACGAAAGAAAAGGCAGAGGCAGAAGAGGCGAUCCUGACUCCGAAGUAAUAUUUUGUGGAUGAAAUCAAAAUCCGGUGUUCCAGGAUUUCGGUGAAACGAAGCCUUCAGUCAAGCCGACGCUUUUUGAUUUUGUUUCAAGCUCGAUGCCCAUUGAAACAAAAGAAAUUCCUUCCCGAUCUGGCGUUAGAGCCUUAUUUUUUUUUGUAAGAAAAUUACUUUUUUCAGAAUUUUUCUAAUGUUUCGUCUGACCGAUUUGAUGGGCCCAAAGGACAUUCUGAUGGUAAUCAGCGGAACCAGAAUCAAAGACUGAGGACACAAGGACCGCGAGAGGAACGACGUGAACCGCGGAAUCAACAUCAGGAUCGAACUGAGAAGAAUCCACGGACAGAGACGCCAAACUCGAACCGGAACAAUGGAAGUUUCAGCGGGAGAAAUGACGGCGUGACAAAUGCAAACAGACAAAACAGAAAUAACGGAAGAGGCCAAGAGAACAGAAGAACCUUUUCCCCAAAGCGAUUCAACGAGAAUGGGAAUAGGCCGCAACAUCAUCAAAAAGAUUACCAAGGUCCUUCGGAAAGUAAACGUCCUCCCGAAGCUGCCAAUUUUGGAAAAGGGAGUUUUAACGCAAGAAAUGAUGCGAAACGUGAUUUCCCCAAUGAAACUAGGCGAAAACAAAACUAUGAAAGAGACCAAGACGACAGAAAGACGAAUUAUAAUGGGAAUAGUGCCAGGAAUGACGGCGGUACGAAUGAGAAUAGGCAGAAGAAGAGUUUCGGAAGGGGCCAAGAUGUAAGAACAACGACGGAAGAAGGGCCUCCGAGACGAUUGAAUGAAAACGCGGGAAGCGGCAACCGACCGCAAAACCAGUCGAGGGAAUUCCAGAGCGUUUCCUCCGACAGUAGACGUGAUCAAGUAAACCGACAAGACCAGAACUUCCGGAACGAUAACGGAUCUGGCCAUCGAGGCCAGCAGAACUUCCAAGAUAGUCGUCCUCCUCCCAGAAACUUCAAAGAGAAGGAAUCGAACAACCGGUCAGACUAUCAAUCUAAUAGGAACGAUUUCGAAGGUCACAAUAAUCGUAGGGAGGAACAGAAUAUCAGAAGCAGGUAAACAUUUAUUAAAGGAGAUUUGAACGUUGCUUUCUGCAGGCCUAACUUGGACGGCCAUCGACCGAGUACGACGGGUUUAGAACAACGUAAGCUUUUCACUUUUGCAAAAAAAAAAAACUACCUUUUUGGGAUUUAAAUGAUAUUUCGAAUACACAAUAAAAUAAGAAUCGUUAGUAAGAUAGAGGAGGAAAUCAGAGGAAAUGACUUUUAGAGAUUUUGAAGUGAAUGAGGAGCGCUAAAUAAUAAUUAUGUACACAAUCUCAAAAAAACCUUCAUAAAGUGUAAAUUUGCAGGUUUCCAAAGAAUGAACGUCAACAAUCCUUCUUUUCCUCCGCCGCCGUCAGGUCAUUUCGGAGUCGGUGCGCAGUGCAUGGCGCCGUGGCAAGAUGGCGAGGUUUCGAAAUAAUUUCUCUUCUCGAAUAAAUAAAUGUUUUCAGUUCUACCGCGCGACCAUCGUGCAGUUGGGUCCCGCAGGAAUGUGUACGGUUAGAUACGACGACUACGGUACUCACGAAUCCUUGCCACUGGCCGUACUUCUCAGAUAA